GGGUGCAUUUGAGUCGAGCUCAACUCAAGAUAAAAUAAUUGAGUUUGAGUUUAAACUCGUCGAGCUUUUAGAAGUUGAGCUCAAGUUCGGACUUGACUUUAGCUUGCCCUGCGCUCGAACUCAAGAUUAAUUAAAUGUAAUCGAGUUAAAUCAAGCUACCUGGUUCAGUCCCAAAAUCUAUAGAUUGGAGCUGGGUAGUCGGAGUCCUCCGCCUACUACUUUAAGUAAGCCCAUCCACUGUUCCUCUGAUAGUGGAACUUGGAACCGAACAAAAACCUCUGCACCUCUUGGUUCCGUUUGUACGGAAUGGGACCUGUCGACGACGCUGCUGAUAAUCCCGGGUCAUCGUCGUCAUCGUUGAUUUCAGAUUUCCUGAGUAAAUCCGGCGGCGUAGCGGUGAUUGACGGCGGCUUGGCGACGGAACUCGAACGACACGGCGCUGACCUUAACGAUCCUCUCUGGAGCGCCAAAUGUCUCCACAGUUCCCCUCACCUCAUUCGCUCGGUCCACCUUGAUUACCUAGAAGCUGGUGCCGACGUAAUAAUUACAGCAUCUUACCAGGCUACCAUCCAAGGGUUCAAGGCCAGAGGAUUUUCUCAAGAAGAAAUUGACAAUCAGUUAUUGGUGGUAGAGGAACAAGGAAGUUCUGAUGUGACAGCCAAACCGAUACUUAUAUAUCCAAAUAGUGGUGAAAGUUAUGAUGCUGAUCGAAAGGAGUGGGUGCAAAACACUGGGGUUUCAGAUGAAGACUUCGUAUCCUAUGUGAAUAAAUGGUGUGAAGUAGGGGCGUCCCUUGUUGGAGGUUGCUGCAGAACUACGCCCAGCACCAUUAAUGCAAUUUAUAGAACACUCAGAUAUCCCACACAUUAGGAGAUUAAUUAAUAGAAUGGGCUGAUGCUGGAAAAUUUUGACACCAAUUGAAAUGGGUAGAGGGGUAGUUUGACGUUAUACUCAUAAUUGAGGCUAAAGAAUCAAGGGGUCGGGCUACCCCGCGGAUUGGCUCUUCACAGCUGCUUGUGUCAAGGCAGCCACUUGAGCAUUAAGCUGUUGUUCAGGAAAUUUAUAUAUAGCUGUUUUUGUGAAAUCUUUUGGCAUUCCAUGUUGCAUUUACUAAGCCGAACCUCUGAA